UCCGCUUCUGGACGCCGGAUGCUUUUUCUUGGCCCUGACUGGAACGGCGGUUGGGGCAGACGUGAAGGUGAUGGCGUCCCGGAGGGGAGUGUUGUGGGUCGCUUCAGUGCUUCUGGCAGUUGUUUCUGCCAAUGAAUUCAGUGUAUUAAGAACUCCUGAAUCUGUUAUAUUUCAAGAAGGAAAUUGGCCAAUUCCUGGAGAACGGAUCCCAGAUGUGGCAGCCUUAUCCAUGGGCUUCUCUAUUGAGGAAGAUCUCUCUUGGCCUGGGUUAGCAGUAGGUGAUCUCUUUCGGCGUCCGCGAGCUACUGUUCUUGUUACUAUAAUGGGGAUAGACAAGCUAACAAUGCCUAAGAAUGGAAUAUCUUACCCGAUUGAAAAUGCAGUUCCCUUCAGCCUGGAUGGGGUUGCAAAUUCAAUACAUACUUUAUUUUCUGAGGAAACGCCAGUAGUUGUUCAAUUAGCUCCUAGUGAAGAAAGAGUUUAUAUGGUGGGAAAAGCAAAUUCUGUAUUCGAAGAUCUUUCUGUCACACUACGGCAGCUUCGGAAUAGACUUUUCCAGGAUAACUCCAUUCUUGCUUUCCUUCCCCUCAACUCCUUAAGCAGAAACAAUGAGGUUGAUCUCCUCUACCUGUCAGAACUGCAAGUUUUGCAUGACAUCACAAGCUUGCUUUCUAGACACAAACAUCUGGCCAAAGAUCAUUCACCAGAUCUAUAUUCUCUAGAACUUUCUGGGUUGGAAGAAAUAGGUAAAAGGUAUGGGGAAGAUUCACAGCAGUUCAAGGAUGCUACUCAGAUUCUUGCAGACUCUCUGCAAAAGUUUGCAGAUGAGAUGUACAACAUCUACAGUGGGAAUGCAGUUGUAGAAGUGGUCACUGUGAAGAGUUUUGAUACUCCCUUUGUGAGAAAAUCCAGAUCUAUUCUACAAUCCACAGAGAGCAAGCCAGAAAAUCCAUAUAACCUAGGAUAUGCAUACAACUUUAACUAUGCUGUUAUCUUCAAUAUAAUUUUGUGGAUCAUGCUUGGAUUAGUGAUAGCUGUGAUUGUUAUCUCCUACAAUCUGUGGAAUAUGGAUCCAGGUUAUGACAGCAUCAUUUAUAGAAUGACCAACCAGAAAAUUAGAAUGGAUUAACCUUCAAAUGCAAAUCUAAGAGGAGAAAUGCUUCUUCAGUAUUCUGGCAAAAUUCAAUAUGGACUCUUCAUAGUGUGAAUAUUUUUAUGAAGUAUACAUUUGUUUUGUGAGGAUAUAUUAAAGGGUAAUAGUGGGUGUAGCCAAUGUGCAGAGUUGAAAAUUAGUACUACACAACCACGAGCUAAUUCCAAUUGAAAUAUAUAUUUAUUCUACCCUGUGUCUGCAAUGUGCAUUUUGCUGUAGGGGUGCUUGUUUAUAUUGCUUAUGUCUAAUAUUCUAUCAGUGUUCUUAUGCUGAAACUUUAGAAUGUUUUCUUGAAUUAUGUUAUAGAUGAAUAAAGUAAUUCAUGAUGUAAAUA